AUUGUAAUCUUUAUAGAGAAUAAACUUUGAAUUGAAUUGAAUGAAUUAACUCUUGGCUGAGCGAGUGACGGCAUACAACCGACCACGCACAUACACACACAACCAUGAGUGCAUUUUCGAAAAAUACCAGUAGAACAUGGAGUAUUCAAGAUCCAGUGAUUACCAAUAGAAUGCAUGGUAUAAUUGGAGGUGUUAGUUCCCUUCUGGUUUUUCCACAUAAAGAUCACUACAAGGAUGACAGAGAAUAUCCAUCUGCAGUGGAAGGUAAAAUCAAAUUGUACCAAGUGGAGUCAUUCUCAUGGCUGUGGAGCCGGCAAGCACGAAAGUUGAUCAACGAGGCCAUGGGCACAUUUAUCUCGCUUCAAGAUGCAGUUAAAGAAGUUGAACCUGAUGAUUAUAAAUCUGUGCUUGUAAAAAAAUGCAGAGAAUACAGAUCAAUGAUUCAGGCAUGCGUUGAAGAUAUAACUAUGUGUCGAGAGUGUGAAGGUGACCAAGAAGAAUUAACAGCUAGUGGGCAGUUGCUUUACAAGAUGGAGCUCAUUCUUAGUCUUAUUGAAAUACUCUUCAUUGACAAAAAACCAGGUGGAAUGAUAUUAGGACAGUUGCUUAUGUGGAUUCGCUCUCACUUUACUCAGUGUAUAGAGAAGAAAAAUGAAGUUAUGGAAUCUGAUCAUCCACACCAGCAUUCAGCAUACUGGGAGGCUGUGUAUGGAUCAGUGCUCCAGGGAAGAAUGGAAGAUGCUCGUCAUAUGCUGUCGAAUCAUCCCUUUGCUGACACUGACCCUUUCCUCUCAAUAGAUGAAUUGCUGCGAAAGAUGCCAUUCUAUCAGGUAUAUGGUGGAGUUUCAGUUGCAGAGUUUACAGUACGCUGGCAGCACUGGCAAAGUGAAUGUGAACGACGCUUGCAAGAGGGACACUACUCUACAUGCCAUCAACUGCAAACAGUUUGCAAAAUACUUUGUGGAGACCAGAAAACUAUUAACAACUUGAUUGACUUGAUGGACACUUGGUAUCAUCUAAUGGUCUCUACCUUACUGUUCACCUGUCCUACAGUGAAGCUCUUCCGUUUGCACAGUGCCGCACAGGAUGCUAUUGCAUGUGUAGGUGGAGAACAGAGUACAACACCAUUGGAUCAUGUCUUACUUGCUGCUAUGGAAGCAGACAUUCAUCAAGUAAUCAAGGAAUGCCAGCAAGUCUUGGACAAUACUUGGUUUACUGCCCACGUCACUGAUUUGUUGUGUCAUACUAUGGGGCAGACAACAGAUCAAAAAUUUUUGCCCGAGCUGCGAGAAUCCCUUCUGCUGGACUAUGUUAGUGUUUUAGUCAGCCACUGCAGCUUGUGGCAGAUUGGGAUCUUAUACUUGGAUCAUCUUGGACCCUCGGGUAUUGCCAUGUCACAGACGGUGCUUCAAAGGCUCCCACUCACCGACGAUUCCCGUGCACACAAAAUUAUACAAAUGGCCAGUGAUAGAAAUUUUGACAGUGUUGUUGUUGGUGUGUGUCGGGUAAUGGGUCGCCGUGCACUAUCUCAAGGACGUUUAGGCUCUGCUAUCUGGUGGGGAGUACGAUCACGUGAUGCUGCCUUUACUUCACAUCUUGCUCACCAGAUACUACAGAAGUACGUAGUAGAAGGCAGAUUCGAGUCUUCCCAGCUGUUGGAUGACCUUGGACCAGCCAUGCUUCUCUCUGACACACUCACAUUCCUAGGUAAAUACAGAGAAUUUCACAUGAUGUAUCAAGAUGGUAACUUCAGAGAUGCAGCAGUACUACUUGUGUCACUAAUCUCCUCCAAGCUGGCACCUGAAUA